AUGGCUGCUGUGGUACAUGAGCAGGCCUCAGGCUUGCGAAAGAGAAAUGUAGCAGUCAACGGUAAUGGCAAGACACCGACUGAGGAAGGGAAAAAGACUGACCAACUGUUGGACAGCCAUGUCGAAUACGAAUUUGGUGGACCUUGGGGUGUAGUGGCCAUUAUGACUGGCUUCCCAAUCCUGAUGUACUACUUUUGGACUUGUCUCGUGUAUUAUGACGGCCAGCUGGUGCGUCCCAACUCUGUAGAGGAUAUCCAACCCUUCCUUCUGCGGAUGUGGGAGCACGUCCGUCAAGAUGCCAGUCCGAACGCGUACGCCUGGAAAGUAUAUACGGGCCUGAUCGUUUACCAGCUCUUCCUUGCAAUGGUCAUGCCCGGGUACAUGCAAGAGGGACUUCCUGUUCCUUCCCUCGGAUACAAGACACUUAUGUAUAAGUGCAACGCCAUUUGGUGCAUUUACACCACCAUGAUCACCGCUGCCAUCCUGCAUACCACGGGCGUCUUCCGCAUGACCGAGAUUAUCGACAACUUCGGUCACCUCAUGACGGUCGCAAUGAUCUACGGAUUUGGCGUCUCGUUCUUCAUGUACUUCAUCACAGUCGCGACCGGAAACCAGAUCCGAAUGUCCGGCAACUUCAUCUACGACGUGUUUAUGGGUGCAUGCCUCAACCCGCGCAUUGGUCCUGUUGACUUGAAGAUGUGGCUUGAAGUCCGGAUUCCCUGGGUGAUUGUGUUCUUCGUGUCCGUCUCGGGCGCCUGCAAGCAGUAUGAGCAGUACGGUUAUGUCACACCCAACAUGGCCUUCAUGGUUCUGGCGACUUGGCUGUAUUUGAAUGCAUGCGGCAAGGGUGAGGAGUGUAUUCCUCAGACUUGGGAUAUGUUCCACGAGAAGUGGGGCUUCUUGGUUAUCUUCUGGAACUUUGCUGGCGUUCCUUUCUCAUACAUCUAUUCCGUCGUGUACAUGGCUUCGCAUGACCCAUCCAACUAUCGCUUCUCUACCCCCACCUAUGUGCUUCUCUAUACUACUCUGCUUACCGCUUACUACAUUUGGGAUACGUCCAUGUCGCAGAAGAGUCGCUUCAAGAUGCAGACACAAGGCGUUUUCACAUAUCGCAAGACAUUCCCGCAGCUUCCUUGGGGCACGCUCAAGAAUCCGAGCUUCAUCCAGACUGCGCAUGGGAACCGCCUGCUGACAGAUGGUUGGUGGAGAUACUCCCGCAAGCCGAACUAUGUCGCCGAUUGGACCAUGAGUCUCACGUGGGGUCUCGUCGUGGGCACCUGCUCUGCUAUUCCAUACUUCUACUCCGUCUUCUUCAUUGUCGUGCUCAUCCAUCGAUGCGGAAGAGACUUCGAAAGGUGCGCGCUGAAGUACGGCAAGGAUUGGGACCAAUACUGCUCCAUUGUCAAGUACAAGUUCAUUCCUGGGAUUUAUUGAAGGGACACCACGUCCGCCGGAUGCAUGUAUAUUUCAAAAUGCUGUUUUUCGCGCAGACACCCCUGUGAUACCCUGCACGUUGCUUUUGU